GGUAAAGCACAGAGAGAAGCAAACUGAAGACGCAGUGCUUGCCGUCAUUUGUUUCACUCUCUCCCUCGACAUGCUUGCUUGACUCAAUCGACAGUUUUUGGUGUCAAACGCUAGUAGCAGCAGCUGCAGCAUCGGUUAAGGUACCACUCUCUGUUUCUCACUUCUCUGACUUUCUAGUAGAGAAUUAAAAUCCCAAUUACAUAGCCAAAAUGAUCAUAAAGCAACUUCUCAAACGUCACCCUUACUGUAACUCUCCCUCCUAUGCUUUCUUUGUUUACUUGAAGCUCUUCUCUUCAAUCCCAUCUACUUAUUCUUGCUCUGAUAUUGAAACCCAACUGAGGUUUCUUUGUGAUAAAUCGAAUCCUCAGAUUUCAGAGGCCGUUUCGCUUUUUCGGGGUUCCAUCGAUUCUGACCGCUUGCCUUCUGGGGGAGCCUGCAAUUUGCUUGUGCACACUCUCACAAGGUCGAAAAAUUAUGAAUUGGCGUUUUCGGUUUAUAGUAAGAUGACCCAUGUUGGUAUUUUUCCGAGUUUUAUAUCAUUGAGUUGUUUAGUUGCAUGUUUUGUUAAUACCAAUCAUGCCAAAUUCGCACCUGGGGUCUUGGGAUUGGUAUUGAAGCGUGGAUUUCAGUUAAAUGUGUAUGUUGUGAAUCUUAUGUUAAAGGGUUUGUGUUCUAAUGAUGAGGUUGAGAAGGCAAUGGAGCUGUUUAGUGUAAUGGGAAGAAAUUGUGUAAUCCCGGAUAUUGUUAGUUACAACAUUCUUAUACACGGGCUCUGCAAGGCAAAAAAAUUGAAAGAAGCCACAGAAUUGUUGGUUGAUAUGGAGAUGGCAGAUUCUGACCCAAAUGUGAAGACAUACAGCACUUUGAUCGAUGGAUUUUGCAAGGAUGGCAGAGUGGAUGAGGCAAUGGGUUUGUUGGAGGAAAUGAAGCAAAAAGGUUUGGAACCGGAUGUUGUUGUGUACAGUACCCUUAUAAGUGGUUUUUGUGAUAAAGGGAGUUUUGAUAGAGGCAAAGAAAUUUUCAAUGAGAUGCUAAAGAAGGGUAUUCCUCCUAAUGUGGUUACAUAUAGUUGUUUCAUACAUAACCUCUCCAGGAUGGGGAACUGGAAAGAAGCCAUUGCGAUGUUAAAUGAUAUGACUAAGUGCGGAGUUCGCCCUGAUACUGUUACUUAUACAGGCUUACUUGAUGGGCUUUUCAAAAAUGGAAGGGCUACAAAAGCCAUGGAGCUAUUCAAUUUAAUGUUAUUGAAGGGUGAAGAGCCUAACACUGUAACAUACAAUGUUAUGAUUGAUGGACUAUGCAAGGAAGGGUUGGUCGAUGAUGCUUUUAAGAUUUUGGAUAUGAUGAAGGGUAAGGGGAAAAAGCCUGAUGUAAUUACAUACAACACGUUACUGAUGGGACUUUCUAAUGAUGGGAAGGUUGAUGAGGCCAUGAAACUUUACAGUACAAUGUCAAAAGACGGGAACUUUGUUGAGCCAGAUGUUAUAACUUAUAACAUGCUAAUUUUUGGACUCUGCAAGGAAGGCGAUCUUGAUACGGUUAUGGAGAUUUGUAAUACAAUGGUUGAAAGGGGCAUUGCUUGUAACAUAUUUACUUAUAAUGCUAUGAUAGGUGGAUGUCUACAGGAAGGAUUAGUGGGCAAGGCCAUAAAGUUCUGGAGACAUGCACUUGACUUGGGAUUUGUUCCGAACUCAAUUACUUAUAGUCUCAUGAUCAAUGGAUUUUGCAAAACUCAUAUGCUUAAGUUUGCAAAAGGACUUUUUAGCAAAAUGAGAGCUUCUGGGGUUAAUCCUACUUUGAUUGACCACAAUGUUUUGAUGCUGUACUUGUGUAAGGAGGGUAGUUUGGGGCAAGCUAGGAUGUUAUUCGAAGAGAUGAGGAGUACAAAUUGUGUUCCGAAUCUGGUCUCAUUUAAUACAAUUAUUGAUGGAACUCUCAAAGCGGGAGAUAUUAAAUCUGCUAAAGACUUGCUAGAGGACAUGUUUAAAAUGGGUUUAACUCCUGAUGCAAUUACCUUUUCCACAUUAGUAAACCGAUUUUCAAAACUUGGGCUUUUGGAUGAGGCUAAAAUAGUUCUUGAGAAAAUGAUUGCUUGUGGUCUUGAACCUGAUGCCUUUGUAUUUGAUUCUUUACUAAAGGGCUAUAGUUCAAAGGGUGAAUCAGAAGAAAUCAUUAGUUUGCUUCAUCAGAUGGCAGACAAGGGUGUUAUUCUUGACUCAGAAAUCACUUCUACCAUCUUGUCAUGCCUCUGUCAAAUCUCAGACGAUUAUGAUGUGAUGAAAAUUCUCCCAACUUUUUCUCAAGAAACAUCGAAAGGAGCAAGCAUCUCCUGCAAUGAGCUAUUGAUGAAACUCAAUAAAUCUUACCCAGAACUUAAAUUAUAAGCUGCUUGAUGUUCUUCAUCCCAAGAGCUUCCAAUGUAGUGAGAAAUCUGCAGCCAGUGCUAUAUUAUGAUUAGUAGCUGAGAAACUAGAAUGAGGAAGUUCUGAGCGGAACUACCACUUUUAAAACAUGGAUUCAUUGGUCAUAGUGAAGCUGCGCGGUGUGCUGAGAUUCAGAUAAAGAAAUUAGUUGGGACUUGAUCCGUCGUGGCAAAUCUUGGAGUCAUCUCCCUUGUCCUUCAGCUUGCAGAUGUGGUGAAAUUUGUUUGAGGAAUGUCGUGCAGGUUGGGUGAUUACAAAAGGGUUUUACGAGUCACAAAGUAUGCAGUUGAAGGUCUAGGGAAAAAAGCAAGGCAGGCAAAAUUCUUUUGGGGUCGCAGGGUGUGGUAUUUUUCAAUCACGUGGAGAAAAAUAUUGACUUUUGGGAUUAUUCAGGGGUGAGUGUGGAUGAACUUAUGGAUCAAGUUAGUUAUUGGCAUGCACUUCAGCUUCAGUCACUGUAGAGUUGAGGAAGUCUCCCUUGUCAGCAUUGUUGCUGGAUUUUGAUGCAUUCUGGCUUGACUUUGGAGGUCUGAUUUUUUUAUUUUUUGUUUUCUGUAAUUUAGGCAGAUUAGAAAGUUUUAUUAUGUUGAUGUCAUUUGAAACUGGACUCCUUGUCCAGAGUUGUUCUAUCUGCCAUUCUCUUUCAUAAAAUUAUGUUUCUUUUCAGAAGAAAAAAGGGAAAAGAGAGCAAAAAAGGUGGUGUUGGCUGUAUUUUACGAGAGCAUUUUUGCUCACCACCCGUAAUUGGUGGUGAGCAUUACCACCAUGUUAAUGAUUGUUGAUGAGUUGAAUUUUUGUGGUUCAUGUAGCAGCGAGAUUAAAUCACACUCAUCCAACGAUCACCAAAAUUUGAAGAGAGUGGUGGGCAAAAAUGUUUUCACAUUUGCCAACAGGUUCAGCUGAAGCUGUUUCUCCGCAAAUGAUGUAACAACGCACAUGGGGUGCAUAUUGAGGUUGUACAAAAGACAACGUAUGUGGUGCAUAUUGAGGUUGUACAAAAGACAGGUUUGCAUCUUGAUGAGGUUGUCCUUCGUACGCAGUAGACAUCAUUUGCAAAAUGAGAGACCUAAAUAUGGGAGAUCCCACGAUAAAUUUGUGAAGUUUCUUGUUUGGUUAAUCUAGAGGCGGGAUGGGGGUGGUGCAAGGUUACUAUGAUGCAACAAUUUGUAAUUAUAUUAUUUCUAAUAUUGAUGAAAUAAUUUCUAUUA